AUGGAGAACGCCCUCGAACCACGGCACCAUGUGUCUAGAAAGAAAAUCAAGACACAGCAGUAUCAAGACGAUCUGGAAACCUACCAGCAUUUACCUUUGGGAGAUAGCGAAAUCAGACUUUUGGAUGUGGAGCCUGCAGCAGACGAAAGCGAUAUUGUCAAGGCUACUCUGAGAACGGUGUCCUUUGCCGAAGAUGUAACGCCCAGGUACAAUGCAGUGUCUUACUGCUGGGGCCACCGACACAGAACUGAGAAGAUUCUCCUCCGAUGCGCAAGCGGAGACUGGAAAGAUUUCCGCGUCAGCCACAACCUUCACAGUCUUCUCCAACACCUCCGCCUCCCGGAUCGAUCUACCACUCUAUGGAUCGAUGCUAUCUGUAUCGACCAAAAGAAUGACAAAGAGAAGGAGACUCAGAUCGUCAAGAUGGCGCAAAUCUACCGGAAGGCGGAAGAGGUGUGUAUCUGGCUGGGCAAGUACAUCGGCGGGGGAUCCAUACCUGGACGGAGAGAAUUUGAAAUCAGCAAAGCCACCAUUGAGUUCAUCGGCGAGGUUUCAAAGCAGGGGAAGGAGAUGGUCAUGCAGAAUCACUCAUCCGGAUGGCGUGAAUUCAUCCUCCUCAUGAGAGUGCCCUGGUUCUCUCGUCGUUGGGUUCUACAAGAGCUCGCCUUCGCCCGCAACCCGAUGAUAUACUGUGGCAAAGAGAAGCUCCCAUGGGAGACAUUCAAAAGCGCUGUCAAGGUGUUUACCAAUCACUUUGAUGCGGUCCUAGAGAUUACCUGGCCGGCAAAAGAGUGGUGGGAUGAGCAGUUGCCCGGUUACCACCCCGACCGUUCAGAAGUCGAAUGGGCGAAUUCUGUUGAGGUAAUUCGAUUGGUAGCUUUUAUGGAAAACGCAUUUGAGAAGAACACCCAAUUUCCGGUAUUCACCUUGGAGGCGCUCGUCGCGAGCAUGGCCGUUUUCGAGACAUCCGAUCCUCGGGACGUAAUUUACGCACUACUUAGCGUAGCGAAGGAUCGCCUGGUUGAGCCGGACUAUACUGCAAACGUUUUCCAGAUCUAUGCGAAAUUUGUGGAGAAAGUCAUCAGCACAUCUGGGUCACUGGACAUCAUAUGCCGGCGGUGGGCUGCCAAUGAUUGUGGAUGGGAUUUUGAAGAGGUGCUUGUUCUGAGCCCCGACGAUGCCAUAAAGCAGGAGCCUGUCAAGCUUUCCUCGUGGAUGCGACAAACGGAUGGCUCCGUUUUCAAUUACAGCAAGUACCGAUUCAGUGUAGUCAUCGGCACUGUCUCUUCUGGAGACCGACGGAGUGCGUUUAUCCAGAGUGUUGGCGACUCGUUCGCGCAGGACCCAACUUCUGCGACGGUUCCAGAAAAGCUGUGGCGGACCCUCGUUGGUGACCGAGCACUUGGUGGAGGCCCGGCGCCAGAAUGGUAUGGUGAUGUUUGUCUUCGCUUGGUGGAGAUAUUCGAUCGCGACCCGAAUCUCAUCUUCCUCGUGAACACGCAGAACAACCAUUUGGAAAAGUUCUGGCCCGCUGAUUCACACCGUUACCCAAAGGCUAUGCUUGAGUUUUUUCAUCUCAUUAUCAUGGACGACAGCAACAACACCCAGGCCACCGCCACCACGUGCGCCCGCUGCGCCGACUGGAAGACGCACAAGAAAGUCUGCGCCUCGCUUGCCGCCGCCGCCUCCAACGGCGCUUCCACCAGCACCUCCAAGAACCUCGACGUCCCCAUCCCCAACCCCUUCACCCGCCUCACCCAACGCACCUGGCUGCACGACCGCUCCGAGCGCGACACGUACAAGCUCCUCAUCGACGCCUACCGCCUGCGCAUGGAAGACGACUACAACUUCACCGGCGACGUCGACGCGGACAGCCGCCUGCAGCGCGUCGCGCCGGACCUGCUGCCCGCGUGGUGGAAUGCCGAGAAGAAGGAGGAGUGCAAGCGGGUGGGUGUGCGUGGCGGCAGCGGGGUGUGGGAGAGCCUGAGCGCGGCGCCGGAGAAGGCGGAUUUCAUUGAGCAUUAUGGCGAUUCGCGCAUGCCGAUGCAGUUGCGGAUGUUUGCGGAGGCGGUGUAUGGGAGUGGGCCGGGGGGUCAGGAUGGGAAGGUUAUGAUGUAG